GACACCGCGGCUUCCGGCAGUCGCUCGCCGGCCGGCUCCGCGGCCGUGGCCAUGGGCAAGCGCGGGAGUCGGAGCCAGCUGCUGAGUACCCUGACGAAAAAGCAGAAGAAGCACCUGCGGGACUUCGGGGAGGAGCACCCCUUCUACGACAGGGUUUCUGGAAAGGAAGCAAAACCGCAGAUUUGCCAACUGUCAGAAAGUUCAGAUACUUCAAAUUCUGAGAGUGAAUCAGAGAGUGAACCAGAACAAGUUUCUGGGUACCACAAACUACUUGCUACAUUAAAGAAUGCUUCUGAAGAAGAGGAGGAAGAGGAAGAAGAAGAGGAGGAGGAAGAAGACAGUGUGGCAGAAAUGAAUGAAGACCAUGUCAGGAGUGACAUCGUUGUGGAGGAAGAGAAAGCCUCACAGAUGCAGGAGGAUGUGGCCUUAUCUGGUGACCCCGAGGGAAAUGGUGGAGAAGAGCAGCCUGCCAGCACAUCACAGCAGUCUUCAGCCGAGUUCACAGAUGCAAAGCAUGAGGCGCUCUUCAGCCUGGAGACCAAUUUUCUUGAGGAAGGUGGAGACAGCUGCUCUCUGCAGGUGUCACAAGAUCCAUUUGUACAACAUGUGAACAAAGAACUGAAAGAAAAAGAGAUUCAGGCACUUCCAGCAAACUCCAAAACCACCCAUCAACUAAAAUGGCCCAUCAUGGGCCAGCUUGUCUUUUCUUCCAGGUUUCAGGAAAUGGAAACACUUAAACCUCCCAAGGAUUUUGACUUGAAAUCUCUUCAUCUCCACAAGCCUCUGGAAUCCACCUGGACCAAGACCAACAGCCAGUUCUUGUCUGGUCCCCCAAAAUCAAAUAGCCCCUUCACACCCCUCCAGAAGGAGCUCUUCUUCAUUAUGAAUUCCUAUCGGGACCUGUUCUUCCCAGAAAGAACCGCCCUGAAGAACGGGGAAGAGAUUCGCCGCGUGUACUGCCUGCACACUCUCAACCACGUGCUCAAAGCCAAUGCCCAGGUGCUCAGCAACAACAGCAAGCGCCGAGGCCAGAAACCUGGGCUGUGUGAUGAUGAUGGCUUCAGAGACCAGGGGCUGACGAGGCCCAAAGUGCUGAUAGUAGUGCCGUUCCGGGAAGCUGCUCUGCGGGUGGUGCAGCUCUUUAUCAGCCUCCUGGAGGGCGACAGCAAGAAAAAAAUCAUUGUGAGCAACAAAAAGAGAUUUCAAAGCGAAUAUGGAUCAGAUCCUGAGGAGAGACCGCCUAACCUGAAGAGGCCUGAGGAUUAUGAAGCUGUGUUUGUGGGUAACAUCGAUGACCACUUCAGGAUUGGGGUGGCGAUCCUGCAGAGGAGCAUCCGACUCUACGCCCCCUUCUACUCCUCGGACAUCCUUAUCGCAUCUCCUCUGGGCUUGAGGACCAUCAUCGGUGGAGAAGGAGAGAAAAAGAGAGAUUUUGACUUUCUGUCUUCCAUUGAGCUUCUCAUCAUUGAUCAAGCUGAUAUCUACCUGAUGCAGAACUGGGAGCAUGUCUUGCAUUUGAUGAACCACAUGAACCUGCUGCCCCUGGACUCGCAUGGAGUUGACUUUUCUCGAGUGCGGAUGUGGAGCCUUAAUAACUGGGCCAGGUACUAUCGCCAGACCCUGCUGUUUGGGGCCCUGCAGGAUGCCCAGAUCAACUCGGUGUUCAGUAAGCACUGCGUGAACCUACAGGGUCAGGUGGCCGUGCGGAAUGUCCCCAGGACAGGCUCCAUCAGUCACGUGCUGGUGCAGCUCCCACAUGUCUUCCAGAGGAUGGACACCGAGAGCCUUGCUGCAGUGAUCGACGCCAGGUUUAACUUUUUUAUAAACAAGAUUUUGCCUCAGUACCGUGAUGCAGUCAUGUCCCAUACUCUCAUCUAUGUCCCCUCCUACUUUGACUACGUGCGUCUGCGAAAUUACUUCAAGAAGGAGGAACUGAACUUCACACACAUCUGCGAGUACACCCAGAAGUCAGCUGUGUCCAGGGCCAGACACUUCUUCCUUCAAGGAGAGAAGCAGUUUCUGCUGCUCACAGAGCGCUUCCAUUUCUACAAAAGGUACACAAUCAAAGGCAUCCGGAACUUGAUAUUCUACGAGCUGCCCACAUACCCCCACUUCUACAGUGACCUCUGCAACAUGCUGCGGGCCACCAGCAGAGGGGAAGAGGCCACAUGGACCUGCACUGUUCUGUAUGCCAAGUAUGACGCUCAGCGCCUGGCAGCCGUGGUGGGUGUGGAGCGGGCAGCGCAGAUGCUGCAGUCCAAGAAGAGCGUCCACCUCUUCGUCACCGGGGAGCAGUGAGGCUGUGCCGAGGGUGCACUGUGGACCCCGGCCUGUGUCAUGGGAGAAGGCCAGUGGGAGUGGCUGUGCCAGGCAGUGUCACUGGCACUGCCUUUUUUCCACUUAGCCUCCUAUCCUGAAGGUUCUGAGUAAACCAAGUUCUGCUGAGUCUCAGCUCUCAGGCAGGAUGGACCUAAAAAUUCAGAAUUCUUCUUCUACUUCUACUUGGGAAUUUCUGUAAGUGGGAAGUUUUUUGUACCCCUAACUUACUACAUUUGGUAGAUCCUUUCAGAUUUGUCUGUUUGGCAUACAUGUCGUUGCUUGUGAGAGCAUAUUAUAAGAAAUUGGUAUACUUCUGACUACUGUGUGUCAUCAAAAUUUUUUUUUAAUUCAGUAAAGCAGGCAUAGCGGCACACAGCUGUAAUCCCAGCACUUGGGAGGCUACAGCAAGAGGAGUGCUAUGCACUUUAGGCCAGCCUGGCCUACAUAGUGAAACCCUGUCUCAA